AUGGAUAAAUUUGUUGUAAGAAGGUCGAGUGCAGCGGUUUCUCAACCAUCUCCAAACAUUAAUGAGACUAAUUUUGAUAAAAACAAACUUAAACGUCCUGUGGAAAAUGCCAGCAACACAGAAACUGUUCCUUCUAAAAUUGCUAAAACUACUGAAAUUGAUCAAGAUUCAAGUCCCUUUAAUAUGGAUGUAGGACUAUUUAGCUGUGGAAAUGUUCAAAUUGAUGACCAUUUACGCUUGAAUGUGAAUCAAAAUAGUUCUGUCCCAACUUCUAAUUUUGAAUAUCCUUAUUCUGUACAUGUUAAAAAUGGCAAAGAAGGCAAGCGUUUUCUUAGAGAAAAUCACUUCAAAAAUUAUCCAUGGUUAACAUAUUCAAUUUCAAAAGAAGGACUUUUUUGUAAAAUUUGUGUUUUAUUUAAAGAAAGUAAUCUAGGAGGAAAACACAAAACGGAAAAUUUAAAAACACUUGUAACUACUCCCUUGAAAAAGUUUUCAAAAUUGUUAGGUAAAGAUGGUUUUCUUGAAGUACAUCAAAACAAUUUGUACCACAAAUAUGCACUUCAAAGAGCUGAUCAAUUUAAAUCAACCAUUCUUAAUCCUAAAAAAAAUAUUUUAAACUUGGUUAAUGCAGAUCGUUUGAAAAAAAUUACUGAAAAUAGAGAACGUUUAAAACCUAUAAUUCAAUCUAUAAUGUUUUUGGGGAAACAAAAUAUUCCAUUGCGUGGACAUAGAGAUGAUGGAGCUCUAUUUGCAAAUGACAAUCACCAUAAAAUGAAAAAUGAAGGGAACUUUAGAGAACUUUUAAGAUACAGGGUUAAAUCAGGUGACAAAAUAUUAGAACAACACUUACUCACAACACACUCAAAAGCAACUUAUAUUAAUUCUAAUGUUCAAAAUCAAUUAAUUGAUUGUUUUAAGGAAGAAAUACAAUCAGAAAUUAUCAAAGAAAUAAAAGAAAAUAGAUUUUACAGCAUAAUGUUUGAUGAAACUACGGAUCUGUCGCAUGUAUCACAAAUGAGUUUGGUUUUACGUUAUGUUGUUAAUGAUAAAAUUAAAGAGAAUUUUAUUGAAUUCAUUGAUUGUCAUCAAGAAGCAUAUAGCAAACUAGAUAGUAGUGAAAAUAUUGAACCAAAAUUAUCUGGUGAACAUUUAGGCCAAAUUGUUAUAGAUUUGUUAAAGAAAUUUUCAUUAGAGCUACAUGAUUGUAUUGGAAUCACAACUGAUGGAUGUUCUGUUAUGACAUCAAAAGCUCGUGGUGCUGUCCAGCACAUUCAAAAGUUUGCAAAAAAUGCAAUCUAUAGUCCAUGUGCAAAUCAUGCAUUAAAUUUAUGUAUAUCCAAAUCGUCAACAGUACAAUUUGUAAGGAAUUCUGUAGGUAUUAUCAAAGAAGUAGUUGCUUUUUUAAAUUCUUCUUCAAAAAGGAAUUUCGUACUAAAAAGUAUUUUGAAAAACCAUUCUUUAAAAACUGUAUGUGAAACGCGCUGGAUUGAUAGACAUGACAGUAUUUUAUUGUUUACUUCCUCAUUUUCAGACAUACUUGUUGCAUUAAGUACAGUAUCUGAAUGGUCAGAAUCUGAAUCUGCAACCAAAGCCAAAAUGUUGAUAAGUGCUUUAGAGAAUUGUGAAUUUAUUUUAACUCUGUUUACUCUAACAAAUAUACUGAGUAUUACAUUACCUAUUAGCAAAUGUCUUCAGGGGAAAGAAAGGGAUUUUAUUAGUGCAACAGAUAGUAUUCAACUGGUUUUGGAUAACUUAACCGAUAAACGCACAAAUUGUAGUCAGUAUUUUAAUAAAAUCUAUAAGGAAGCUUCAGAACUAAUGAAAAAACAUGAUGUUGUUACAAAACAUCCACGAAUAUCUAAACGACAAACUCAAAGGCCAAAUCCCCCUAGUAACUCACCAGAAGAAUAUUAUAUGAGGUCCUU